GAACACGUACUAUACACGACACUUGUCAACUGCAAUGAAUUCGAAGCGCCAGUUGACGCUAGCAAGCUUGUAACAAGGCAAACCAAGUUGUCUGCAUCUACUGGUGACAUUGUAGAAUCAGAGUUCAGAAGACGUUCUACGUGCAUGCAUGUCUACUUCGAUCGAGAUCGAGACGCAGGACUUCGACGUCAAGCCAUCGAGGUUUACACUGAAGCGCUAUCGUUGGGGAGAAGAACAACUACUAUUCCUGAACAUUUCAAAGCUACGGAGUCCGAUCUUAAAAAGCUGAAACAAGAAAUUGUUGAUUAUGAUUUGGAGAAGUUUACGGUAGAGAACUGGAAAUCUUACUUCGAGGGCAAGGAUGUGCUUUUUGUGGCUCUUGGAAGUACUCUUGCCGAAGCUAGACGUCAGCCUGGCAGGGCAAUAGAUACUUUGAGACUCGUCGACUUUCAUUUGGUUGCGCGUUCUGCUGAGAUUGCUAAAGCUGCUGGAGUUCGUCACAUGAGCAUGUUGUCAAUAGAUGGAGCGAAUUCAAGCAGCUGGUUUAACUUUUUGAAAAUCAAGGGCCAGGCUGAAGAUGCUGUCGAGGCUCUCGGCUUUGAAAGAACAUCAAUCUGGAGAAUGACAGCUAUUAACAAAGGCCAAAACAGCACUAUCCCUGAAAAGAUUUGCAAAUUCUUGUUUAAGAACGUUCGCGUUGAAGACCUCGGACGGGCUCUAAGGGAAGAGUCGGAGCAGUAUGCUCUAAGAAAAGAUGAUUUUCCCCCAAUUUCUCGAUAUUCAAUGAGGGAUAUUUUCGAAUUUGCCAGGCAGGCAAAAGACGCUGAGGCUAAGAAGGGAGACAAUGGUGCGACCUUCGAAGGCAAUGAGGCUGGUCAGCAACCAGGUUGUGAUCAAUCCAAUAGAGGAAGUGAUUCGCUUGGUGGCGUAACUGCAAAUCGAAAAGACGACAAACAAGAAGACUAACCAUCGUCUUAUUGACUGAGUGACUAUAGCUACUGAAUGUGUAUGCAUACGUGUUGCGUUGUAUGCUGCUGGUUUUAGUAUGCAUUUGUGUUGUGUUGUGUUGUAUUGUGGCUAGACGCGUACAUUGUAGCUAACCUGCAUGCUAAUUGAGCAUAAUUUUAGGUGCAGGCCGAGUCACGGUCGGACAUGCUUAGUGCACCAACUUUGAAAAGAUUGCACGUUUUCCGACACAAACCUACCGCGAGGACUU